AUGGCCGACUUCAGUCAUUUCGGAGGUGGCGACGAGGAGAAUGCAGAGAUCAGGAAGCUGACGGCCGAAGUGGAAGCCGACACGGACAACUUCGAAUCGUGGGAGAAGCUCAUCCGCGCCUGCGAGGCCCAAGAAGGUGGUCUCAACCGCAACUCCAGCCCCCAGGCCCUGGCCGCCCUGCGCGACGUCUACGACCGCUUCCUCCUCAAGUUCCCCCUCAUGUUCGGAUACUGGAAGAAGUAUGCCGACCUCGAGUUCAACAUUUCCGGCCCCGAGUCGGCCGAGAUGAUCUACGAGCGCGGAUGCGCCAGCAUCACCAACUGCGUCGAUCUGUGGGCCUCGUACUGCUCCUUCAAGAUGGAAACAACCCAUACUCCCCACCUGGUGAGAGAACUCUUUGAGCGUGCCGCAACAUGCGUCGGCCUCGACUUUUUGGCCCAUCCCUUCUGGGACAAGUACCUCGAGUACGAAGAGAGACAGGAGGCCCAUGACAAGAUCUUCGCCAUCUUGCAGCGUGUCAUUCACAUCCCCAUGCACCAGUACGCCCGCUACUUUGAGCGCUUCCGUCAGUUGGCCCACAACCGGCCUCUGAGCGAGUUGGCCUCCGCGGAAGAGCUCGCGCGAUUCCGCGCAGAAGUUGAUGCCGAGGCCGCGGCCUAUGGAGGUAUGCCCAGGCAGGAGCUGGAGGUCGAACGCGAGAUCCGCGGUCGCAUCGACACCAUGUACUGCGAGACAUUUCGCCGCACGCAGGAAGAGACGACGAAGCGAUGGACCUAUGAGUCCGAGAUUAAGAGACCGUACUUCCACGUCACUGAGCUAGAGCACUCGCAGAUGUCCAACUGGCGCAAGUAUCUCGAUUUCGAGGAGGCAGAAGGGGACAUCGCGAGGAUCAUCUUCUUGUACGAGCGCUGCCUCGUCAGCUGUGCUCUGUACGAUGAGUUCUGGUUCCGCUACGCGCAGUGGAUGUCUUCGCAGGAAGGGAAAGAAGAGGAAGUCCGCCACAUAUACAUGCGCGCUGCCACUCUAUUCGUGCCCGUCAGCAGGCCUGGCAUUAGGCUGCAAUUCGCCUACUUCGAAGAGGCCUACGGGCGGGUUGAUGUCGCCCGUGACAUCCACGAAGCCAUUCUCAUUCAGCUCCCUGACUGCGUCGAAGCGAUCGUGUCUUGGGCAAACCUGCAGAGACGGCAGAGCGGCCUCGAUGCCGCGAUUGAGGUGUACAAGGCUCAGAUCGAUGCCCCGCAAGUCGACAUCUUCACCAAGGCGGUUCUUGUCACGCAGUGGGCGUACCUGCUGUGGAAGAUCAAAGGGUCAGUGGACGAAGCCAGAGCCGUGUUUGCAAAGAACGUCCAGUGGUACGCCGACAGCCGUCACUUUUGGCAGAAGUGGCUCGAGUUCGAGUUGGAGCAGCCCACCAACGCCCAGCUUGAGGCUCAACACGGUGAACGUGUGAAGCACAUCUUCGACGAGCUCAGGUCGAAGAGCCGCAUCUCGGCAGGGGCCAAGAAGGGCCUGUUCCUGAUCUACAUCGCGUACCUCCAGGAAAGAGGAGACAAGGAUGCCAUGAAGCAGCUGCUCGUCGUGGAUCGAGAGAUUUAUGGUCCCGCAUCGACUUGCUCGCUCAGUAAGCCUGCCCUCAAGGAGAACGGGGCCACGCGACCUCCGCUGGACGAGAUCACCUUGCAGAAGGCCGAGAGCAAUUACUCGAGAUACUACGAGUAUAUCGCGGAGCCUGAUGCAGCUGCACAAGGCACCGCUUCAUUCAACUAA